CUUAAAUGGAAACUUAUUAGCUAAAGAAACAAUCUCUAGGAUAGCUUAACUUAUAAAUUAUCAUAUAUUGAGUAUUCAAUAAUAAAAUUAAGGAACACCCUGCAUUAAUGAGACCUGGUUUAGCCAUAAUUUAGGUAGGAAAGAAUCCAUCAUCUUUAACAUAUGUGCGCAAGAAGAUUACUCUCUGUGAAGAAAAUGAAGUACAUCAUGAACUAUAUCACUUCCCAGAAAAUAUUACUCAGCAAGAAAUUGUUCAUUAAAUUAGAACUUUAAAUUAGUAAGGAUCCAUUGAUGGCAUUCUUGUUCAAGUAUAUCUUAUAAUUAUUAUAAAAAGCUUCCAUUGCCUCCCCAUUUAUCAAGAUUAGAAAUAUCUAAUGAAAUUAAACCAAGUAAAGAUGUAGAUUGUUUACAUAUGGCUAAUUUUUAAAAUCUUCUUUAAAAUGGUGAAGAUAACGACAUAAUUCCAUGUACACCAGCUGCAGUGCUUCAUAUCUUAGAUACCUAAGAAAUUGAUGUGAGAAAUCAAAAUGUUACUGUCAUUGGUAGAAGUCAGUUAGUUGGAUUCCCAUUAUCUGUACUUUUACUUAGAAGAAAUGCGAAAGUCACCAUAUGUCAUUCUGAAACUACUGUACAAGAACAUGUUGAAAAAGUACUUAUAUUUAAUCAAACUAUAGGCUGAUAUUGUGAUUUCAUGUGCUGGUCAUAAAGAAUUGGUUAAAGGAGAUUGGAUCAAAAAUGGAGCCAAAGUUAUUGAUGUUGGAAUUACUAGAAUUCCUGGUACCAAUAAAAUUGUUGGUGAUAUUGAAUAUCAAAAAGUUUUAACAUCUCAUUAUUUUAGGCGCUUCCUAAAGUCAGUUUCAUCACACCCGUCCCUGGAGGAGUUGGUCCUUUAACUGUUUCCAUGCUUUUUAAAAAUCUAUAUCGGGUAUGGUGUCGAUCUAAUGGAUUAAAACUCAAUAUUGAUGAAUAAGAUGAAGAAAUGGAUUAUGCUUAAAACUACUAAUUCUGA